AUGACUGCUGAUGAUGCUAUGCAAUCAGACGCCCUGAUCCAAGGUCAGUGUUAUGUCAGAAAUCAAUUUCUAACUGUACUGUAUGACUCGAGUGCAUCGCAUUUCUUUAUUUCUUUAAAUGUUGCUCAUGAAUUGGGACUAGAUUUCUCUGAGUUGAACUUUGAUCUAAUUGUCCAUACACCUGCAUCCCAAAAUACUUUGACCAGUUUAGUGUACUUGCAAGUACCACUUGCUAUUAGGAAUAGGACUUUUAUACAUGAUCUAAUUUGUUUGCCUCUAUGUGGUUUAGAAGCUAUUCUAGGAUUAGAUUGGUUAUUUAAGUAUCAUGUUUUCCUUGAUUGCUUUGAAAGAACUGUUGUUAUUCCAUCUGACAGUCUACAUACUAAACCAUUUCUAUCCCACACUUUAUAUCUGAAUUCUAUAAGAGUUACCUUAGCCGGGAGUGAUUGUGACGGGUACGUUCUGUUAGAGGCUAGCUCGAAUGAUAGUGAAUUAAGCCUGGAACAGAUCCAAGUCGUGAAGGAAUUUCUUGAUGUUUUCCCGGAUGACAUACCUGAGUUUCCUCCUCAACGUGAGAUAGAAUUCAGCAUCAAACUAGUACCUGGAACUGGACCGAUUUCUAUAGCACUGUGCCGGAUGUCACCACUGAAACUUGCAAAGUUGAAGAAGUAG